AUGGGCAAAGGCGGUGAGUUCCAAGCCCCAGUGGCCGGGAAAGGAGUGUGGCGGCUGCGUGUGGCCUGGUGCGGCCUUCCUCUCACCUUGAAGGAAGCCACUGAGCUCCCACUCCCAGCAGGGAGGAGGCUGGAGCCCACUGUGUCCCAAGGCCGCUCUGAGUCGGGGCUGGACUGCGUGGCCCCGAUGACACAGCCACUCGCAUUCCUGCCCCUCCUCCCAGUUACACAGCUCAGGCCCCAGGCCGAGCUCCAGCUGGCCAGCCAGCCCCUCCCCUGGCCCGGCCAAGCUUGGCAUCACCUGAACUUAGUGUCUCUCACGGGAGCACGCAGGGCCACGGCCUUAGAGGCCUUAGGGGCCAAGCUGUUCCCCUACGCCUCAGUGUUCCUGGCCCCGGGGACAGGUCAGCGCCCGCUGACCACUGACCUCAGAGUCAGCAGCGGCUGGAAUGAGGCCGGGGGCCGCCCGGCUGGCCAGGUUCCUGGCACAGACACCCCACCCCCGGGGAAGCGGCUGGCCAGCAGCUCUGUGCACUGGGUCCUCCUCGGCUUCCCGCUCCCUCAACUGCCAGAUACCAAAGAGAACCUCGAGGACCCUAAAGCCCCAAACCUGGGCCCCCGGCUUUGGGAAUGGCAGGGUUGGCAAGGAGCCAGCAGCCCAGCCCCAGCCUGGCCCCGGCCCCGGGCAGCAUCUAGAGUGGAGGUCAGAGGCUCUGCUGAGAUCCGGGCCCAGACCCGGCCCUCACCAGGCCCCCUAGUGGGCCCCACCACAGGCAAGUGCCACCGCCUGGGACACCUGGGACAAGGUAUUGGGAGAAUCUACGUGCACAGAGCCCGGCCCUACAUCAUGCGUAAGCACACCACCCAGGGCCAGCAGGUGAUCACGCUCACCGAGUUGUGCAACCAUCACACGGCUGCUUCCAGAACUUUUGUUUUCCCACACGGAAACUCUGUCCCCAUUAAACACCAGGUCCCGCCCUGGCAGCCCACUUUCCCACCUGCGGGGACCUCACAGAGUAGACAGGCGCGGCCCUUUGGGGACUGGCUCGUGCGCGACCUCGGCACACCGUGUGACCUCCACACCCCAGUGACCCCCACACCCCACUGUGACCCCAGUGUGACCUCCACACCCCACUGUGACCCCACAUACCCCAGUGUGACCCCACAUACCCCAGUGAUGGCCACCGGCAGCGGGAGCCAGGUGCUGGCGUGGGCCCUCACGGCCCUGCUCAUGGUGAGGCCAGCAGAGAUCCAGGGCCAGGCAGAGCCGAGUCCGGGGAACCCAGAGCCCAUGGUGGACAGCCCGCGUGUGGGCAGAGUCCACCCCAUGUCCCCACCUGCCAUGUCCUCACCUGCCCGCCACCUGACCUUCAUCCCACCCAUGAACAUCUUCCACAUGAGCCCCCUGAACCCCGCGCACAACGGGCGGGUGUGCAGCACCUGGGGUGACUUCCACUACAAGACCUUCGACGGCCGCGUCUUCCGCUUCCCUGGCCUCUGCAACUACGUGUUCUCCGCGCACUGCGCCGCCACCUACGAGGACUUCAACGUGCAGCUGCGCCGCGGCCUGGCAGGCUCCAGGCCUGCGGUCACCCACGUGGUCCUCAAGGCCCAGGGGCUGGUGCUAGAGCUGGGGAACGGCUCUGUCUUGGUGGAUGGGCGCCGGGUGGAGCUGCCCUACAGCCGUGCCGGCCUCCUGGUGGAGCAGAGCAGCGACUACAUCAAGGUCAACAUCCGCCUGACCCUGACCUUCAUGUGGAAUGGAGGAGACAGUGCUCUGCUGCAGCUGGACCCCAAGUAUGCCAACCAGACCUGCGGGCUCUGCGGGGACUUCAACGGGCUCCCCGACAUCCACGAGUUCUAUACCCACAACGUCAAGCUGACCCCUCUCCAGUUUGGAAAUCUACAGAAGAUGGACGGUCCCACGGAGCAGUGCCCAGACCCCCUGCCCUCAGCAGCUGACAACUGCACAGAUGGGGAGGACACCUGCCGCCAUACCCUACUUGGCCCAGCCUUUGCGGACUGCAACACACUGGUGGACGCCAGCGUGUACGUGACCGCCUGUAUCCAGGACCUGUGCCGCUGCCCCACCUGCCCAUGUGCCACCUUUGCCGAGUACUCCCGCCAGUGUGCCCAUGCAGGGGGUCAGCCACAGAACUGGAGGGCUCCUGACCUCUGCCCCCGGACGUGCCCCCUCAACAUGCAGCACCAGGAGUGCGGCUCGCCCUGCGUGGACACCUGCUCCAACCCCCAGCGCUCCCAGACCUGUGGUGACCACUGCAUGGACGGCUGCUUCUGUCCCCCAGGCACGGUGCUGGAUGACGUCAGGCACUCGGGCUGCCUGCCCCUGACCCAGUGCCACUGCACGCACGGCGGCCGCACCUAUGCCCCUGGGGCCUCCUUCUCCACCAGCUGCAGAUCCUGCACCUGCUCUGGAGGCCUCUGGCAGUGCCAGGACCUGCCGUGCCCAGGCACCUGCUCCGUGCAGGGUGGGUCCCACAUCUCCACCUAUGAUGAGAAGCUCUAUGACGUGCAUGGGGACUGCAACUAUGUUCUUUCCAAGAAAUGUACCCACAACGCCUUCAUCGUGCUGGCCGAGCUGCGCAAGUGCGGCCUGACGGACACGGAGAAUUGCCUGAAGACCGUGACGCUGAGCCUGCAGGGCGGGGAGACGGCCAUCCAGAUCCAGGCCAAUGGGGCUGUGUUCAUAAACUCCAUCUACACCCAGCUGCCGCUGUCCGCAGCCAACAUCACCAUCCUCAGCCCCUCCUCCUUCUUCAUCGUGGUGCAGACGCACCUGGGUCUGCAGCUGCAGGUGCAGCUGGUGCCCCUCAUGCAGGUGUUUGUCAGACUGGACCCCUCCCACCAAGGCCAGAUGUGCGGCCUGUGUGGGAACUUCAACCAGAACCAGGCAGACGACUUCACGGCCCUCAGCGGGGUGGUGGAGGGGACGGGUGCUGCCUUUGCCAACACCUGGAAGACCCAGGCAACCUGCCCCAACUCCAAGAACGUCUUCGAGGACCCCUGCUCGCUCAGCGUGGAGAACGAAAACUACGCCCAGCACUGGUGCUCACUGCUGACGGACCCCAGGGGCGUGUUCUCGGCCUGCCACUCCACCGUCAGCCCCGUACCCUUCCACUCGAACUGCAUGUUCGACACGUGCAACUGUGAGAGGAGCGAGGAUUGCAUGUGCGCGGCCCUGUCCUCCUACGUGCGAGCCUGUGCGGCCCAGGGCGUGCUGCUCAGCGGCUGGAGGAAGGAUGUCUGUGCCAAGUAUAUGAGCAGCUGCCCCAAGUCGCAGAGCUACGCGUACGUGGUGGACACCUGCCAGCCCACCUGCCGCGCCCUGAGCGAGGCCGACGCCACCUGCGGCGUCUCCUUCGUGCCCGUGGACGGCUGCACGUGCCCCAACGGCACCUUCCUGAAUGACAGGGGCGCCUGCGUGCCCGCCCAGGAGUGUCCCUGCUACUUCAGAGGCACCGUGGUGGCUCCCGGAGAGGUCGUGCAGGACAACAGCGUCAUGUGCUCGUGCACGAAUGGGAAGCUGAACUGCCUGGGAGCCACACUGCAGGAGAACACAGGCUGUGUGGCACCCAUGGUGCACCUGGACUGCAACAAGGUCACGGCGGGCACCCCCGGGGCCGAGUGCCUCAGGAGCUGCCGCACGCUGGACGUUGACUGCUUCAGCACACACUGUGUCUCGGGCUGCGUGUGCCCGCAGGGGCUGGUGGCAGACGGACACGGGGGCUGCAUUGCCGAGGAAGACUGUCCGUGUGUGCACAACGAGGCCACCUACAGACCUGGGGAGACAAUCCGGGCAGACUGCAACACCUGCACCUGCAAGAACCGGCGAUGGGCAUGCACGGACCGGCCCUGCCUGGGCACCUGCGUGGCCUACGGGGACGGCCACUUCAUCACGUUUGACGGGGAGCGCUACAGCUUCCAGGGCAGCUGCGAGUAUGUCCUGGCCCAGGACUACUGCGGGGGUGUCAGCACCAACGGGACCUUCCGCAUCGUCACGGAGAACGUCCCCUGCGGGACCACGGGGACCACCUGCUCCAAGGCCAUCAAGGUCUUCCUAGAGAGCCACGAGCUGCUCCUCCAUGAGGGGCGCGUCCAGAUGGUACACAGGGGGUCCGGCGGGACCCUGCCUUACAAGAUCCGCUACAUGGGCAUCUUCCUGGUCAUUGAGACACGCGGUGGGCUGGUUGUGUCCUGGGACCGGAAGACCAGUGUGUUCAUCCGACUGAAGCAGCAUUACAAGGGCAGGGUCUGCGGCCUGUGCGGGAACUUCGAUGACAACGCCAUCAACGACUUCACCACGCGGAGUCAGUCUGUGGUGGGAGACGCCCUGGAGUUCGGCAACAGCUGGAAGUUCUCCCCGUCCUGCCCCGAUGCCCUGGUGCCCAAGGACCCCUGCACUGCCAACCCUUACCGCAAGUCCUGGGCCCAGAAGCAGUGCAGCAUCAUCAACAGCAAGACCUUCGCUGCCUGUCACCCUCAGAUCGACUCCACCAAGUACUACGAGGCCUGCGUGAGCGACGCGUGUGCGUGCGACUCGGGGGGAGACUGCGAGUGUCUGUGCACCGCCGUGGCGGCCUACGCCCAGGCCUGCCACGACGUGGGCGUGUGCGUGUCCUGGAGGACGCCCGACGUCUGCCCUCUGUUCUGCGACUACUACAACCCCCAUGGGCAGUGUGAGUGGCACUACCAGCCCUGCGGGGCCCCCUGCCUGAAGACCUGCCGGAACCCCAGCGGCAAGUGUCUGCUUGACCUGCCCGGCAUGGAGGGCUGCUACCCAGAGUGCCCCGACAGCCAGCCCUUCUUCAGUGAGGACCAGAUGAAGUGUGUGGCCCAGUGCGGCUGCUAUGAUGAGAAAGAAAAUUACUAUGACAUCGACAUGCAGGUCCCCACUGCAGAGAACUGCCAGACCUGCCGCUGCACCACUGCGGGCCUCCAGUGUGCUUACAGCCUCUCAGCCUGUCACUGCACCUACGAGAACCGCACCUACGGUUACGGGGACACCAUCUACAACACCACAGACGGCCUGGGCGCCUGCCUGGCGGCCACCUGCGGGGAAAACGGAACGAUAAUCCGGAGGACCUCAGUGUGUGCUAUGAGUCCAUCCACCACGCCUUUCACCUUUACCACCACCUCGGCCCCUCCCGCCAAGGGCUCAGCUCCUACUCCAUCCACCGUGUGUGUUCGCAAGGCGUGCCGCUGGUCCGCCUGGCUGGACGGGAGCCACCCAGAGCCCAGCAUGGCGGGCGGGGACUUCGAAACGUUCCUGAACCUGAGGCAAAGUGGACACCCGGUGUGCCAGGCCCCUGCAGACAUCCAGUGCCGCGCGGUGCAGUUCCCCGACACGCCCCUGCAGGAGCUGGGUCAGAAGGUGACCUGCGACCCGGCCCAGGGACUGCUGUGCCUCAACAGGGAGCAGAGCCCCCCGCUCUGCCACGAUUACGAGCUGCGGGUCCUGUGCUGCGAGCUCACGCCGUGUGGCGCCUCCCCAGCCCCGAGCGGCAGCCCCUCCCCCUCUCCAUCUGGGGCCACCACGGAGACCUCCCUGUCCACCCGCACCACGGGCACCACCACCCCCGCCUCCCUGCCCGGUCCCGCCCCGACCACAGCCAUCCUGGGGACCUCACUCAGCUCCGGGCCUGCACCGGCCCCUGGCACCCCGACUGUGGUACCCACCCACCUGGGCAGCAGCACCGUGACCUCGGGCUCCACCACCUGCCAGCCCCGCUGUCAGUGGACGGGGUGGUUUGACACGGAUUACCCCAAAUCCGAGCUCGCCGGGGGAGACACUGAGACGUUCGACAGGAUCCGGGCCACGGGGGCCGAGCUCUGUGAGCAGCCGCAGGACAUCCAGUGCCAGGCCCAGAACUUCCCCGGCUGGAGCCUGGACAGGCUGGGUCAGCGGGUGCACUGUGACGUCCGCUCCGGCCUGGUGUGCCGCAACCAGGAGCAGGAGGGCCCCUUCCCCAUGUGCUACAACUACAUGAUCCGCGUGCUGUGCUGCAGCCGCAGCCACUGCCAGGCGCCCGCCACCACCACACCGCCAGCCACGGCCACCUGGACCCCCUCCCCAAGGCCACAGCCCACCAGCAGCCCGGUGGUGACUGGGACUUCCCUAGCCAGUACCACGGGGACAGCCAGCAUGUCACCGGUAUCUCCCAGACACACACAGGUCACAGCCACCACAGAACAAGCCACAGCUUCUCGAGGGUCCACGAAAACCCCCAGCUCAGGAGGGGCCACGUCGACGCCUCCCACAUCCACACCGGCCAAGACCACACCCACCGCCACAGCAGCGUCCACGGCCAGCUCUCCCACAGGAGGACUCACGGGCACGGCUAGCACCAUCUCCACAGAGACUCUGGCCACGAGCCCGCCACGGACCACCCACACGAGCCAGCUGUCCACUUCCCAAGCAGAAACCGACAGACCGAGGACGCACAGGCCACCAGGCACCACGGCUGGGGUCACCGCCAGCCGAGGCCCGACCCCCUGCCCGCCCAGGUGCAACUGGACGGAAUGGUUUGAUGUGGACUUCCCGACCUCAGGAGUGGAGCGUGGGGACAUGGAGACCUACGAAAACAUCCGGGCUGCGGGCGGCAAGCUGUGCGAAGCUCCGGAGAAGAUAGAAUGCCGGGCAGAGAACUACCCCGCGGUGAGCAUCGACAGCAUCGGGCAGGUGCUGACCUGCAGCCUGAAGGAGGGGCUGAUCUGCAGGAACAAGGACCAGAAGGGGGAGUUCCACAUGUGCUUCAACUACAAUGUGCGGGUGCUGUGCUGUGAUGAUUACAGCCACUGUCCGAGCGCCGCCCCGCCCACCGCCCCCACCACCACCGCCCCCACCACCACCGCCCCCACCCUCACCGCCGCCACCAGCCCUGCCGCCACCACAGGAACAGAGCCCACAGCCUGCAGGCCUAAGUGCGCCUGGACGGACUGGCUGGACUCAGACCAGCCCCAGCCAGGACGCUUUGGGGGUGACAUCGAAACCUACUACCGUAUCAUGACCUCGGGGGUGAAGCUGUGCACGAACCCCACGGCCAUCCAGUGUGAGGCGGUCCUCUUCCCCAACACGUCCCUCCAGCAGCUCGGCCAGGUGGUGCUCUGCAACGUGGACUACGGGCUCAUCUGCCGGAACAGCAAGCAGCCUGCAGGCCAGACCUGUCUCAACUACCACAUCCGCGUGCUCUGCUGCGAAGACAGCGGGCCCUGCGGCACCGCCUCCCCGGGGCCGGGGUCCCCCAGCACGGGGCACUCAGCCACGGCCACAGCCACAGCCACAGCCCGCGGGCCCUCAACCCUGGUCCCAACCCCAACAAGCCCCUUCCACCCCGGGACUUCUCCCAGGACCCCCCAGAGGCUGCCCAGUGCCACGACCCUCCCAGCCUCCACCGUCAGCCACACCCCAACAUCAGGGACUCCGACCACAAAUUCCAAGUCCUCCCUGCCCAGCAUCCCACCGACGGCAGGCCAGCGCACCUCCCACACCCUGCCCACCCAAGGGUCCUCCGCCAGCAGCCCCACGUCUCAGGCCAGGCUCCCUUCCAGCCCCCUGACCACAGCCAUGGGAUCAACCACCACCCUCUCCUCUACACCAGGGUCCACUCACGCACCCCCAGGGCUGACCACGACGGCCACCUCACCCACAGGCCCCUCCUCCACACCAGGGUCCACUCACGUACCCCCAGGGCUGACCACCACGGCCACCUCACCCACAGGUCCCUCCUCCACACCAGGGUCCACUCACAUACCCCCAGGGCUGACCACCACGGCCACCUCCCAAGGGAUCUCACUGUCCCCCACCAGUCCCCACUCAAGGCCCACUACCCUGACAUCCUCAGCCAUAGUCACAAACACUUCCCAGGUCACAAGCCCAUCCACAUCCACCCCUCAGACCACAUCCAAGCCCUCCAGAACCACCACCAUCACAGGGUGGGCCACCUCUGGUACCUCUGCUAACCCCAGGACCAGCGGGUCAGUCCCUGCCCCCGGAAAUGCCACCACUGAACUCACUACAGCACAUCCAAAGACCCGGACGUCGCCCGUGCCGACUGCUGGCCCCACAGCGACCCCUUCAGCCUCCACAGCAGGGUCCACGGCUUGCAGACCCCGGUGCACCUGGACAGACUGGAUGGAUGAGGACUACCCCACUCCGGGGGCCAACGGCGGGGACUUUGAGACACUCUCCGUCCUCCGCACGGCCGGGCACGUCUUCUGUGAGCAGCCACAGGACAUCCAGUGCCGCUCGGAGAGGGAGCCAGACCAACCCCUGGAGGCCCUGGACCAGGUGGUAAAAUGCGACGUGCGCGUGGGGCUGGUGUGCAGAAACCUGGAGCAGCCGGGCCGCCUGAAGUACUGCCACAACUACCACGUGCGCGUGCUGUGCUGUGGAGACUACAGCCACUGCGACACCGCGGCCACGACCACCGGAUCCACGGCGGCUUCCUCCCCUGUGCCAGGGUCCCCUCGCUCACCCCCAGGGCUGACCACCACGGCCACCUCACCCACAGGCCCCUCCUCCACACCAGGGUCCACUCACGCACCCCCAGGGCUGACCACCACGGCCACCUCACCCACAGGCCCCUCCUCCACACCAGGGUCCACUCACGCACCCCCAGGGCUGACCACCACGGCCACCUCACCCACAGCCACAGGAGCCACCACAGGCCCCUCCUCCACACCAGGGUCCACUCACGCACCCCCAGGGCUGACCACCAUGGCCACCUCACCCACAGCUACAGGAACCACCACAGGCCCUUCCUCCACACCAGGGUCCACUCAUGUCCCCCCAGGGCUGACCACCACGGCCACCUCACCCACAGGCCCCUCCUCCACACCAGGGUCCACUCACAUACCCCCAGGGCUGACCACCACGGCCACCUCACCCACAGCCACAGGAGCUACCACAGGCCCCUCCUCCACAACAGGGUCCACUCAUGCACCCCCAGGGCUGACCACCACGGCCACCUCACCCACAGGUCCCUCCUCCACACCAGGGUCCACUCACGUACCCCCAGGGCUGACCACCACGGCCACCUCACCCACAGGCCCCUCCUCCACACCAGGGUCCACUCGCUUACCCCCAGGGAUGACCACCACGGCCACCUCCCAAGGGAUCUCACUGUCCCCCACCAGUCCCCACUCAAGGCCCACUACCCUGACAUCCUCAGCCAUAGUCACAAACACUUCCCAGGUCACAAGCCCAUCCACAUCCACCCCUCAGACCACAUCCAAGCCCUCCAGAACCACCACCAUCACAGGGUGGGCCACCUCCGGUACCUCUGCUAACCCCAGGACCAGCGGGUCAGUCCCUGCCCCCGGAAAUGCCACCACUGAACUCACUACAGCACAUCCAAAGACCCGGACGUCGCCCGUGCCGACUGCUGGCCCCACAGCGACCCCUUCAGCCUCCACAGCAGGGUCCACGGCUUGCAGACCCCGGUGCACCUGGACAGACUGGAUGGAUGAGGACUACCCCACUCCGGGGGCCAACGGCGGGGACUUUGAGACACUCUCCGUCCUCCGCACGGCCGGGCACGUCUUCUGUGAGCAGCCACAGGACAUCCAGUGCCGCUCGGAGAAGGAGCCAGACCAACCCCUGGAGGCCCUGGACCAGGUGGUGAAAUGCGACGUGCGCGUGGGGCUGGUGUGCAGAAACCUGGAGCAGCCGGGCCGCCUGAAGUACUGCCACAACUACCACGUGCGCGUGCUGUGCUGUGGAGACUACAGCCACUGCGACACCGUGGCCACGACCACCGGAUCCACGGCGGCUUCCUCCCCUGUGCCAGGGUCCCCUCGCUCACCCCCAGGGCUGACCACCACGGCCACCUCACCCACAGGCCCCUCCUCCACACCAGGGUCCACUCACGCACCCCCAAGGCUGACCACCACGGCCACCUCACCCACAGCCACAGGAGCCACCACAGGCCCCUCCUCCACACCAGGGUCCACUCACGCACCCCCAAGGCUGACCACCACGGCCACCUCACCCACAGCCACAGGAGCCACCACAGGCCCCUCCUCCACACCAGGGUCCACUCACGCACCCCCAGGGCUGACCACCACGGCCACCUCACCCACAGCCACAGGAGCCACCACAGGCCCCUCCUCCACACCAGGGUCCACUCGCUCACCCCCAGGGCUGACCACCACGGCCACCUCACCCACAGCCACAGGAGCCACCACAGGCCCCUCCUCCACACCAGGGUCCACUCACGCACCCCCAGGGCUGACCACCACGGCCACUUCACCCACAGGCCCCUCCUCCACACCAGGGUCCACUCACGCACCCCCAGGGCUGACCACCACGGCCACCUCACCCACAGGCCCCUCCUCCACACCAGGGUCCACUCACGCACCCCCAGGGCUGACCACCAUGGCCACCUCACCCACAGCCACAGGAGCCACCACAGGCCCCUCCUCCACACCAGGGUCCACUCGCUCACCCCCAGGGCUGACCACCACGGCCACCUCACCCACAGGCCCCUCCUCCACACCAGGGUCCACUCACGCACCCCCAGGGCUGACCACCACGGCCACUUCACCCACAGGCCCCUCCUCCACACCAGGGUCCACUCACGCACCCCCAGGGCUGACCACCACGGCCACCUCACCCACAGGCCCCUCCUCCACACCAGGGUCCACUCACGCACCCCCAGGGCUGACCACCACGGCCACUUCACCCACAGGCCCCUCCUCCACACCAGGGUCCACUCACGCACCCCCAGGGCUGACCACCACGGCCACCUCACCCACAGGCCCCUCCUCCACACCAGGGUCCACUCAUGUCCCCCCAGGGCUGACCACCACGGCCACCUCACCCACAGCCACUGCAUCAACCACAGGCCCCUCCUCCACACCAGGGUCCACUCACGCACCCCCAGGGCUGACCACCACGGCCACCUCACCCACAGGCCCCUCCUCCACACCAGGGUCCACUCACGCACCCCCAGGGCUGACCACCACGGCCACCUCACCCACAGCCACUGCAUCAACCACAGGCCACUCCUCCACAGCAGUGUCCACUCACGCACCCCCAGGGCUGACCACCACAGCCACCUCAUCCACAAGCCGCUCCUCCACAGCAGUGUCCACUCACGUCCCCCCAGGGCUGACCAGCAGAACUGUCUUGCCUACAUCUACUCACCCCACUGUCCCCCCCUCCUUUACCCUGGGGAGCACCCUCCCCCCAACGGUGACCCCCCACAGCCUGCCAAGUUUCAGUGUGUCUACUGCCUCUCCCUCGGGCAUCAGCACCCUCAGAUCCACCACAUUCCCCAGUCCACCCUGUUUCUGCCGUGCAUUCGGACAGCUCCUCUCACCUGGGGAAGUCAUCUACAAUAAGACCGACAGAGCUGGCUGCCACUUCUAUGCCAUCUGCAACCAGCACUGUGGCAUUGACCGCUACCAGGACAGCUGCCCCUCCUCCUCACCACCCAUGUCCUCCAAGCCUACACUCCCACAAACGAUCCUUCCUGGCUGUGACAACGCUGUCCCUCCUCGACAGGUGAACGAGACCUGGACCCUGGACAACUGCACGGUGGCCAGGUGUGAGGGCGACAACCAGAUCAUCCUCCUGAAGCCGGAGCCCGUAGCCAACAUCACCUGUGUGAACGAGUACCUGCCCGUCCAAGUGUGGGACCAGGACCAGCCCUGCCGCUUCCACUACGAAUGCGAGUGCUCCUGCAGUGGCUGGGGGAAAUCACACUACAGGACGUUUGACGGCACCUCCUACUCCUUCCUGGACAACUGCGCCUACCUACUCAUGCGCGAGAUCCGCCCUCAGUGGGGGAACCUGAGCGUCAUCAUUCACAACCACUACUGCGGGGUAGCCACCAGCGCCCACUGUCCCCGGGCCCUCCAAGUGAACCUCGGAUCCACAGAGAUCAUCCUCACCACCACGGCCACGGUCGGCAGGAAGGAGGAGGGCCUGAUCCUGUUUAACCAAACGAGGCUGAGCAGGAGCUUCACCAAGGAUGGUGUGAGUGUGUCCCUGACCGGAACCUCCACAAUGAGCAUCGACAUUCCCACCAUCGGCGCCACCAUCUCCUUUGACGGCCGCAUCUUCCACAUCCGGCUGUCCUACAGCCACUUCAACCACAACACAGAGGGCCAGUGCGGAACCUGCACCAACGACCGGAGAGAUGACUGCCGCCGGCCAGACGGCACCAUGGCCCCCAGCUGCCAGGACAUGGCCCGGGCCUGGCUGCUGCCUGGGAUUAGUCAAAACUGCUCUGUACAGUCCAGCCCGGCCCCAAGCACCAGCCCCACACCCACCAGCCUCAUGCCCACCGUGUCCAACGCACUCACCUCUAUCCCGUGCCCUCUCAAAAACCUCUGUGAGGUGAUGCUGAGCAAGGUCUUUGCCAAGUGCCACAGACUCAUCCCACCUGGUGCCUUCGUUAGCACCUGUGUGCACGAGAGCUGCCAGACCAGCAACCCCGAGGCGCUCUGCCAGAACCUGGAGGCCUACGCAGGGCUCUGCCGUGCCCGGGGGGCAUGCGUGGACUGGCGCAAUGCCACCGGCGGGCAGUGCGACUUCUCCUGCCCUCCGUCCAAGGUGUACAAGUCAUGUGGCCCCCUGCAGCCCCAGUCCUGCAACUCCAGGACCCAGAGCUCCGAGAACCGGGGGCUGGUUGAAGGCUGCUUCUGCCCCGAGGGUCAGGUCCUCUUCAGCUCUAGCAUGGACAUCUGUGUGUCUGAGUGCCCCUGCGUGGGACCAGACGGGUUCCCCAAGCUCCCAGGGGAACGGUGGGUCAGCAACUGCCACACAUGCCAGUGCGAGGCGAGCUCAGUGACGGUGCAGUGUGAGGCCGUGCCCUGCGAGCCCCGGGACCUCCCCCUCCAGUGCAGACAGGCCGGCUUUGUGACCCUGACCAGGCCCCAGGCUGACAACCCAUGCUGCCCCGAGACACUGUGCGUCUGCAACACGACCACCUGUCCCCAGAGCCCACCCGUGUGUGGGCCUGGCCAGGAGCUGAUCAGAGUCCAGGAGGAAGGUGGCUGCUGCCCCAGCUUCACCUGCAAGCCUAAGCUGUGUGAGUACAACGGCACAGUCUAUGGAGUUGGGGCACGGUUCCCCGCAGUCACUCCUUGCUACACAUGCACCUGCCUCUCGGAGGACAUCCGGGCACCGACCGUCCAGUGCGAGAAGGAGGCCUGCUCCACCACCUGCCCUCAGGGUUUCAAGUACUCCAGGAUGCCGGGGCAGUGCUGUGGGGAGUGUGUGCAGGCUGCCUGCCUCACCCCGGAGGGCCGGCCGGUGCAGCCCAACCAGACUUGGGUCAACAGCCAGGUGAACAACUGCACGGAGUACCGCUGCCGGGAGGAGGGGGGCGUCUACGUACUGACUCCGCAGCCCACACACUGCCCCGACGUGUCCAGCUGCAGGGGGAUCCUCAGGAAGAAAAACUGCUGCUACUUCUGUGAGGAGGACAACUCAUGCCAAGUCCACACCAACAUGACCAUCCUGCGGCACCUGGGCUGCACAACCGAGGCCAUGGUGAAAGUCACCUUCUGCGAGGGCUCCUGUCCUGGACUGUCCAAGUACUCAGCUGAGGCCCAGGCCAUGGAGUACUUUUGCCCCUGCUGCCAAGAAAGCAAGGCCCACGAGGUGACCGUGGCCCUGCGCUGCCCGGAUGGCUCCACCAUGCCAUACACCUAUACCCUCGUGGACAAGUGCAGCUGCUCCCUGGCCUGCAGCUCUCAGCCCAUGGCUCCCAUGGGCACCUCCGUUUAG